AUGGCGUCACUGACAGUUUGCACCCCCAAGAAGUCCCACACUGGGCUCUUUUCCUCCCGGACCGCUGGCGGCCGCAUGCCUCUGACCCCGUCACCUCGUCAGCGCACCACGUCCAACAAUAUCAACUCGUCCCCAUACACACCAGAGCGUCAGGUCCCAAGCGAUGAGCGCAUCUGCACAAAGUCCGUUUAUGGCGGCAACCUGGCCUCGCACUUUGCUCGUGCAUCAAAGCCGUCUUCACACCGGGACUCCCCAAAGUCCAACAUUGCCCGCACCCUUCCUACACCACGCAAAGUCCUGGAGCUCGGCGUCUCCGAUUUCGCCCUGACUGGUACCGGCCAGCAAGUCAAGAGCCCUCCCGAGCAGACGGCCCGGCCAAAAAAGGCAGCGCCUCGCCAGAAGGCCUCCAAGACAACCAAGACCUCCAAGCCCUCCAAGCCCUCCAAGCCCUCCAAGACCACUCUGACAUAUGCUGCCGCCGACCGCUUCAUCCCCAACCGUGCGGCCAGCUCCGCCAUUGCCAACGUCGGGUCAGGGAAGCUCUACUUUCCCGACAAGAAGCGUCCACAGAGCCGCACUGGCGAGGCCUCUGACGUUCUCUCGUCCGCAACAGAUGAUGCGCUUGCUGCUCUGGAGGCACUGACCAUUGACGAGCGUGACGAUGACGAUUCCGCCAGCUACUCGCGCCCUUCGCCGCAGAGCAUCGCCUACCAGGACUCCCUCGCGGAUGCCUGCGGAGUGAACAUCAACACUCGCAUUCUGCAGUUCAAGCCGGCUGCCCCCGAGUCGUCCAAGCCGAUCGACCUUCGUCAGCAGUACAACCGUCCUCUGAAGCCUACCACAAACGCCACCCAGUUUCGUCGCCGCGUUGCCACAGCACCAGACCGGGUGCUUGAUGCCCCCGGUCUCAUCGACGACUACUACCUUAACCUGCUCGACUGGAGCUCCGGCAAUCAGGUAGCCAUUGGCCUCGAGCGCAACGUCUAUGUCUGGUCUGCCGACGAGGGCUCUGUCAGCUGUCUGCUCGAGACCAGCCCGGACACAUACGUUAGUAGCGUCAAGUGGUCGGGCGACGGCGCCUACGUCGGUGUCGGCCUUGGUUCGGGCGAGGUCCAGAUCUGGGACGUCGCUGAGGGCACCAAAGUCCGCAGCAUGUUUGGCCACGACACGCGCGUUGGCGUCAUGGGCUGGAACAAGCACCUGCUCUCUACGGGAGCCCGCAGUGGCCUUGUCUUCAACCACGACGUGCGCAUUGCCGAGCACAAGAUUGCCGAGCUGGUCUCCCACACCUCCGAGGUCUGUGGCCUGGACUGGCGCUCUGAUGGUGCGCAGCUCGCCACCGGUGGCAACGACAACCUGGUUUCCAUCUGGGAUGCUCGUUCGCUGUCUGUGCCCAAGUUCACCAAGACCAACCACAAGGCAGCCGUCAAGGCCCUGUCCUGGUGCCCGUGGAACAUGAGCCUGCUGGCCACCGGCGGCGGCUCCUACGACGGCCACAUCCACUUCUGGAACACCACUUCAGGUGCUCGCGUCAACAGCAUCGACACCGGCUCUCAGGUCACCAGCCUCCGGUGGAGCACGGGCUACCGCGAGAUUGUCAGCACCAGCGGCUUCCCCGACAACUCCAUCAGCAUCUGGAGCUACCCAACUCUGGUGCGCAACGUCGAGAUCCCGGCACACGAGAGCCGUGUGCUCCACAGCUGCCUGAGCCCUGACGGUCAAAUGCUGGCUACGGCUGCCGCCGACGAGAGCCUCAAGUUCUGGAAAGUUUUUGAGAAGAAGGCCGGUGUCAGCGCAAGCUCGGCCAGCUCGGGAUCGUCUGGCAAGGCCGACAUGGUCAAGCAGAUGACCAUCCGCUAA